AUGUAGUGUUUGUUUAUAAUUUAUCUCCGAUUCGACCACUAUAUAGCUUGGGAACAUCACAUCUCUACAUUCAUUCCAUCAAUACACUGAAUCAAAAUGGCAGCCCCAGCAGACCCUAUAGGAUUCUUUAAAGAUUUCGCCAUCGGUGGUGUAUCUGGUGCUAUCGCUAAGACUUGCACUGCUCCCAUCGAGCGUGUUAAGUUGAUUAUCCAGACACAGGAUUCUAACCCCCGUAUCAUCAGUGGAGAGGUACCUCGUUACACUGGUAUCGGUAAUGCCUUCUCUCGAGUGUACUCCGAGCAAGGCUUGGGAGCCUUCUGGCGAGGAAACUUCACCAAUGUGUUGAGAUACUUCCCCACACAGGCCUUUAACUUUGCCUUCAAGGAUUCUAUCAAAACAUUGUUCCCCAAGACCAACAAGGAUACACCUUUCUUGACCAAUCUUGGAAUCAACAUGGCCUCAGGGGGUCUAGCUGGUGCGGGUUCUCUAACCAUUGUGUACCCCUUGGACUACGCGCGUACGCGUCUAGCUUCCGAUGUUGGUUCUGGUAAGCGUACCUUCAACGGUCUAGGUGACUGCUUGAAGAAGACAGUACAGACCAGUGGAGUCCGUGGACUUUACAAUGGUUUCGGAGUGUCCGUUAUGGGUAUCAUCCCAUAUCGUGGCGUGUACUUCGGGCUUUAUGAUACCUUCAAGGAGAUGAACCCCUACAAGAGGGAUCGUGGAGUUCUUGGAGUUGUUUCCAAGUUCGGUGUUGCCCAGUUCACUGCCAUCGCUGCUGGUUAUGCUUCAUACCCAAUGGACACUGUCAGACGUCGUCUGCAGAUGCAGUCAGAUAAGCCCAAGGCCGAGUGGAUGUACAAGGGAACUGUUGACUGCUUCGGUAAGGUCAUCAAGAACGAAGGUGCCGCCGCACUCUUCAAGGGAGCUGGUGCCAAUGCCUUGCGAACUGUAGGUUCUGCUAUGGUGCUUGUACUGUACGAUCAGAUCAAGCUUCUUAUGGAGUAAAUGAUCAUACCCUUUAUGAAGCUGCUUUCCUUGUAGGAGCCUGUGAAAAUUAGCAUAUAGUGUACUAAAUAAAUUCCUGAGCCUGUGAUACU